AGUCCACCCCAAAAUAUUUGUGGGACAGGAAUUGGAUUCCACCCCAAUCACGCUGCAGGAUAAAUUUAGACACGGCCCCGGGAGGCUAUAUAUUUGCUGGUUGCAAAGCCAGCUUGCAGCCACCGCUGAGCUCAGCUUCCCACGGACCAAAUUCCGUCUCCAGCCCCUUGCCUGGUUUCUUCUCCCGGGGCAAGGAGAAGAUGGCCCCGUGGUGGGUCUGCAUGCUCCUCUUGGCCAGUCUCUCCAAAACGUCUCUCCAGGAAAAUCUGCAGGACUAUUCCUUCAUCUUCUCCCACAAAGGCUACGUGAUCUUCGAGGUGGAUGAAUCUCAAGAAUUUCUCCAGAACAUCACCGUCUGCCUCUGUUCUUUCUCCGACUCGCCGGCCAAACAAGCUCUGUUCUCCUAUGCCACCAAAGACCAAGACAAGGAAAUCCUGAUCGAGAAGGUUCAAGGUUUGGAUGGUUCUUGGUGGUACACGGUCUACAUAGGCGGUGUGCCUCAGCGCUUCCGAGUCCCGGAUUUCUACCAAGAGUGGCAGAAGAUCUGCAUCACCUGGGCAUCUGAAACGGGGGUCCUCACCUUGCAGUUCAAUGGAAAAACGUUGCCCAGGAAGAUGGUACGUCAAGGCUACUUCAUCAGACCGCAUGCUUUGGUCCAGCUUGGCCGAGCCCACCACGAGGAGAUCUUCUUUCAGGGAGAGAUCCAGCAAGUGUACAUGUGGAAUUCUACCGACAGUGUCCACGAUCCACCCAUGAUCGAAUGGUCCAACCUGAGCUAUGAAACUCAAGGCAACGUGGUGCUGGAUCACCUUCCCUGGCCACCAUAUACCUGUUAGAUGUAAAUUUCCACCUCCUGUCAUCUUCGGUUCUACAGUUCCAUCCAGGAUCACUGGUCAAAACCCGGGACGUUCAGAUCACAUUUGAUCACACCCAGGACUUGGAUCCCUGCUCGCUUCUACUUGAUCAGUUGAAUCCGUUCAGACCUUCGAGGCAGGUUGAUUUUUCCAAAUUAUUAUUUUGGGGGGGGGUUGGGGGUAAGGAAAGUAAUUUGACUUGUGGACUUCUGACCUGACCGUACAACUGGACUUUCUGAUUUGAUUUUCAGAAAUUUGGUGCCUGGAGAUUUGAAUCCAAUGGCCAAACUGAAGAAGCUGCUUUUUCGGGUCCGUUGCCCCUCACAUUUUAGGGUUCAGCCAUGUUGUCAUUUGUGGGGUCCUUGGGGCUCUUUAAAGCUUGGUGGUUUUCUUGCAGAUGUUUCAUGAGCUAACUAGGUAACAUCAUCAGUGCUAGAAGGAAUGGGGUUUGCAGAGAGGAGGACGACGACAA